AUGCCUCGGAGAGGGCAGAAUUCUAAGGCCCUUGAGGCCCCUUCGUCGUGCCACCCUGUGCCUGCAAGCCACCUCCCUGCAACCCAAGAUGUGGUCAGCCCCUGCCCAGGCGCUGUUCAGAAGCUCCCCAUCAUCGACAGUGCUACCAACGCCGCUCGUGGAAUCGCCACAAACGUCCAGAAAAUCAAUCGGGCGUUGAGACGGCGCUUGCAAGCAAGGCACAGGCGUUCUGACGGGGACGAUGCCAGAGAUGACCCAGACUCGGACAAUCAGUCCUUGGUCAAUCCUCUGUCACUGUCCCUGCUGUUUGGGUCACGUGCUCCUGUGGAUGGCAAGGUGCUCCAGCAUGAGAUGCCCCAGUGGUGGAACCCAUGGGGAGGGCAUGAGCCCCCCGGCACGGGCAUUCCGGGUUGGAGGUCGCGCAGGGGGGCGCCUGUCCAUAUACUGCCAUCUGACAAACGACCAUCAAAGAAAAAGGCAACCAAGGUGGGGGGCGUGGUUCACGGCAGAAAUACAAGGGGCCGCGGACUGGAGUCAGAGGGGGGCCGUGGGGGCGAGGGUGAGGACGUGAUGUGCGUGGAGGUGACAAAGGGCAGAAGGAGGGUGUACCGCAGGAGGGGCCAGGUGGAAGGGGAGGCUGGUCCAGCUUUUUGGGCUGAGGAGGAGGAGGAGUCUCGCAACCAGCAGAUGCGCAACGUCUUCCACAGCUACCUUCUUCCCAAUGGCUUCCCAGAGAGUGUGGGGCCACAGUAUGCAAAUUACAUGAUGUGGCGCAGUGUGCAGUACCUUUUUGGUGGCACCAUGGCUGUGUUCACCACCAAGUCACUGCUUGGCUCUCUGGGAAUUGCCGGCAGGCGGUCGGGGGAGGCAGCGGCUGCCAUCAAUUGGGUGCUGAAGGAUGGUGCUGGGAGGGUGGGACGAUUGAUGUUUGCGAGAUGGGGUAGAGCACUGGAUUCAGAAUUGAAGCAGUUUCGAAUGAUGGGUGACAUGCUGAUGGAGGUGGGUGCGGCGAUGGAGCUGUCCACCAUCAUGGUGCCUGAGCUGUUUCUGCCUCUGGCCUGCACAGCAAACUUGUCGAAGAACCUGGCGGCCGUUGCAGCAUCUUCGACAAGGGGUCCAAUCUACCGGAACUUUGCCCUCCAAAACAACAUGGCCGAUAUCACUGCAAAGGGGGAGAGCAUAGCAAACCUGGCUGACAUCGUGGGCACGGUGGCAGGCAUCGUGCUCUCCAAGAUGCGCGUCCCCGUGCUGCCCACGUUCCUGUGCCUGUCCACUGGCUACCUCAUCGCAUCGAGACAGGAAAUCGCUGCGGUGGAGUUGCCCUACCUCAACAGGGCCCGACUGUCGCUCGCAUCGAGAACCUUCUUGGAGACAGGGCCCUCCACCAAGAAGACCUACGUCCUGCUGCGCGAGGGCGUUAAGCCACUGGACAUCAUGCACGCCUCCUUCACCGCCCACACCUUCACACACCUCCUCACCCAUUCAAGCCGCGCACCCAACUGGACUGACUCCUUGGCUCCCGCCCUGCAGCCGCACCACCCCGAAUCAAAUCCUAAUUCGGGUUCAAGCCAUGCAUCGGAUCGUCGGAGACAUGAUGGUGGACAUGCGAGGGGAAAGGGAGAGCGGGAGGGGCAGGCCCGGGAUUGGCAGGGCGCGCUGCAGGCGACCUUGGAGGUGGGUGAUGCACUGUUCAGGACGUUCAGGGACCAGGCGUCAGCGGCGGGCUGGAAGCUGCAAGCCACGACGCUCAACGCGCAGGACACGCGGCUGGUGGCUGCCUGA